GAGAGUGAGAGAGAGCUAGCGCGAUUAAGAGCAACCUAUUGACGAUUUCAGAGAUUUUUUUUUUCUCCACGAGUAAGAGCAAUGGCGGACGCGAAAAGACCGGCAAUUCUCAUAAAUACUCCGAGUCCUACGCCGAGCGGAUCGCAAAGCAUACGGGUACCAGGUUUUCCUCGGACGAAGAUCAGGACGAGAACUCAAAAUCCAGAUGCCUGGACACUCUUCUAAACGUCGUAGCCCUAGGAAAUGUGGGAGCUGGAAAAUCUGAAGUACUAAACAGUCUAAUUGGGCAUUUAGUCCUGCCGACUGGUAAGAGUAAAGAUGGUGUUACAAAGGCUCCUAUAAAAAUUGACUUGGUCAGAGAAGAUUCUUUAGAAAGAAACGAAAUUAUCUGGGACCUUGUCACUCCACAUCGAGCGCUAAGAGUUCAGCUAGAUUUCCGUUAUAUUAUAUAGAAGACAUGCUUAGCGAUGGAGCCUCAUGGGAGAAAGGAUCUGAAAUACGCUUAUCACUUCGUACCAGCACAGCUCCACCACUGACAAUAAUUGAUCUGCCUGGACUGAACCAGGAAUUUGUGGAAGAUUUAAUGAUUGCUGAGUAUGCGCAACUCAAUGAUGCCAUACUGCUGGUUAUAGUCCCUGCUAGCGAGGCAUCUGAAAUUUCAUCAUCCCUAGCCCUGAAGAUUGCUAAUGAAUAUGAUCCAGAGCGCACUAGGACAGUAGGCAUUAUCGGAGCAAUUGACCAGGCUGCAGAGAAUUUGGAUGCCCUCGCAAAUGUUGAGGCUCUUCUUUCAGAUAAGGGACCUCCAGAAUUAACUGGCAUUCCAUGGGUUGCUCUUAUUUGCCAACUGGCACAGUCAGGAAGUGGUGAGAACUCGUUACAAACUGCAUGCCGUGCUGAGAUUCAAAGUCUUAUGUCCUGUCUGGGUGGGGCUCCGCAAAGCAAGCUUGGCAGAAUUGCCUUGGUGAACACCCUUUCUAGCCUGAUUAGUGGCAGAGUGAAGCUCAGGCUUCCAAAUUUGUUGCAAAGGCACCAGGGUAAGUUUGAAAGUGAGGGGGAGAAAUUACAGGCAAUAGUUGAACAACUAGCUAACACUGGUAAAAGUGCUAUAGAAUUAGAUAUUAUCCGUGAAUAUGUGGAGCUUUCAAUGGACCAACCUCAGAGGAACCAUUUGACGAGGCCAGCAGAUAUCGACAAUGCUGAAGAAUUGCUUGGUUUUGACUUAUUCAAAAACAGGAAUAGUGCAGGAGUUGUAUUGGUUGCUGGUGACAUAGUAAAGAAGAGAGAGAGUGGACUGGUGGGGGUUGUGUUCAACACUGGAGAAGGUCUGCUAUCCCUGUCCGAGCCGAAAGAUGUUCCAGUUGGUAUUGAUGAUAUUCUGCUUGUAAGGAUAUUCAGAAUUGGAGACAUAGUGAGAAGGAUAGAAAGAGAUAGAGUGUUGGUGGAAUGUGAAAAAGGGACUGUUACUUUUAUUGAACGAACUGUGGGUCUACUUGGUGGUAACGAUGCUUGUUAUAUUGAGGACGUGUCUAUAGAGGAAAUACAACCUAUGAGAGGUUUUGCAUGUGGCGAUUGGGUUUGCAAAGGCACUUGGUUAGGAAGCGUGACCUCUGUCACCCGGUUUAUUACUUUUGUAUACGUGGUUAAGGGAGUUGAGGUAGAGUUUAGUGAGCUUAAUCCAGAUCCAACAGAGUUCACACCCAUUUUCACCAACUCUUUGGAAGAAUGGAGAGACGAACCUUUCUAUAAAGGGCAAUCCGUGCGUAUUGUAAGUAGAGGUGUAUCAGCCAAGGUCAAAAGUCACAGGACGGACAGUGUACAUGUACAAUGGUUUGGUGAAGGCAAAGGGAACCAACCACCUCAAGUUCUCUUGACAAGCGAAGUGGAGCUGGUCCAACCCCCUCGGUUUCGUGCUGUUGCUUUUUCUCUAGGGCAGAGAUGUCUCUUUAAGGGAGAGGAGUAUCUAAUCACGGAGUGCAAGCCGAGCACAAUCCGGGUGGCGUGGGAAUAUCGAGGUACAAGGGAUCAGGACUCUAAAAGGCUUCAGAAGGUUGUAGGUCCUCUCUAUGAAGGUUUCAAGAAUGGGGACAUCGUUCAUCGGAGACAAGAACGCCGUAAUAAGCCGUAUUUCGGUGUGGUGGGAGAUAAAUGCGAUUAUGGUGAUUUCGAAGUAUUCUGGUCAGACGGAACCCGAUCGGAAGCUGUUCGCCCUGGAAAUCUUGUGUUGGCAAAACUGACAUGGACUGAUGAUUGAUGAAGGAGUAUAUAUUCGGAAGAAGUUAAGCACAGAGAUAGUUAAAGGAGAAGAAUGAUGAAGGAGAAAUACUUGCUACUUGAUGAGUCAGGCAUUAUACGUGAAGAAAAGUCAAAGAGUCAACAUUAUACUGUAUUUCAAUAAUGAGUAUAAAAGUAGUACAAUUCGUAGAGAGAGAAGUUGAGGUUGAGUGAGGUGUUGUAACACAAGCCUGCGUGCUUGGUGGAGAGGAGAAACUGUCAUCUCUAUUCUCCAACGCCGAUACUCUGUUUUCGUUCUCAGAUUGUUCUUAUCAUCCUUCUCUUUCCCUUUUUUUCCCGCUUUUCUCUUCUCGAGAAAAUCGUCCAAC